GCCUCUCUCUGAACAGCUGACAGUAGAAGAAGAAGGCCAGCUCAUCUAUUUAUAGCAGAGUCUCUCAGAGUCUCAGACCUGAUCUGUCUCAGUCUUGCAGCACUGCACGCUGCCACACCACCACCUGUCCACUGCCACCGCCAUGCCCGGCAGCCGGGCCCGGAGCAGGGCUAGAGACCGGAACGACGUCCUGAACCGGCCCGAGUUUCAGUCCCUGAACCAGCCCCCCCGCAGGGAGCAGGGGGCAGGGGAGGGGAGGGGGAGCAGUGGUCCAAGGAGAAUCUCAGUUAGACAGCCGAGUCAGCAGGACGACUCGGCAGCGAGGGGCUCCAGGGACUCCUCAGAGGGGCCCUCAGCAGCUGAUGGAGGUCAGAAGGAUGCAUCUCGCUGGCCAGAGCAGGACUGUAUGCAACUGAAUCCCUCCUUUCGAGGCAUCGCCAUCAACUCCCUGCUCGCCAUUGACAUCAGCCUUUCCAAGCGUCUGGGGGUGUGUGCAGGGACCCACGGCUCCGGGGCCCCACUGCGCUCCAUGGUGACCCUGCUGGCCCUCAGUGGCCACGCCCUCACUUGGCUGUGUGGGACUCUGAUCUGUCUGUGGAGGAGCAACACAUUGGCCGGACAGGAAGUCCUCGUCAACCUGCUGCUGGCUCUGAUCCUGGACCUGAUGACGGUUGCUGGGAUGCAGAAGUUGGUCAAACGCAAAGGACCAUGGGAUUUCCCUCCAGGGUUUUUGGACUACGUUGCCAUGGAUAUCUACUCUUUCCCAGCAGCUCACGCCAGCCGAGCCGUCAUGGUGUCCAAGUUCCUGCUGACCCACCUGGUGCUGGCGGUGCCCCUGAGGAUCCUGCUCUACCUGUGGGCCUUCCUGGUGGGCGUGUCCCGGGUGCUGCUGGGUAAACACCACCUGUCAGAUGUCGGUUGUGGCUUCGCUCUCGGCUUCCUGCACUUCACUCUGGUCGAGUCCGUCUGGCUCGACUCGUCCACCUGCCAGACCCUCAUCUCCAUCGGCACCCUGCGCUGGACUCCACUGGUGUAGACCGGACUGGUCUGGACUCGUCCAGACUGGUCUGUCUGGACUCCACACUCUGGACAUAGGUUUUAAACUGGUUUGGAUUAAACAACAAAAUAAUGUAGUUAUGGUCUGGACUGGUCUGUCUGGACAUGCCUCAUUUGGACCAGUCUGGAUCUGGUAGUGCUGGAUUCUGUUGGUCCAGAAGAGAAACAAAGACUGACUGAAGCCUCCAUGUUAAAGUCUUAAAUUCACUGUGCUAGCAUAAGCAUUAGCUGCUCACAGGUUGAUGCUGCCUUAAGGUUUGCAACCAGCUGUGUGUGUGUGUGUGUGUGUGUGUGUGUGUGUGUGAUUUUAUGUUUUUUAAUGUUGCAGAAUUAUAUAUUUCAGUAUGUUUGCUGACAACAUCAGAAACAGUCUAUGGGAGCCCUUUUAGGGGCCAGUGAGGACAUUUCUUCUCCUCAGUCUGAUCUCAACUGUUUUGCCUCCAGAUCUGAUGAAUAAAAACAUUUUUACAGGAUAAUCGUACAACAUUCUUCUAAAUUCAAGGUGAAUUUUAAAAUGUUUUUUUUGUUCCAGGAGAAAAAACACAUGAAUGUGUGAAACUGAGGAAGUAAUAAUAAUGUAAGCAUGAGUGUAGCGCCCUCUGCUGGAGUGACACAACAACCUCCAGUGGUCGACACUGACAAACACCAACUUUGUGUUAGAAAAGUGUUUUCACCUGGAAUUUUAUAUUUUGACCCUUUUUGUUGCACAUAAAAAAUAAAUAAAUGUGAAAUUAUAUUUCAACCAGUUCUCAAAUCAUAAACACAAGACGCAGUUCAGAUCAGACGGGAUUAACGUGAAUUGAUAUAAUCUGGAUUACAGUCUGUAAAGUUAACAACAUUUCAGACUUCAGGUUUGAAUCUCAGGAAUCACGCUGAAGACUGUCAAACGCUGCAGCAACAAACACCACAGAAGAUAAACCAUAAUGUUCAGGAAGUCUUUGAAAUUAAUAAAAAAUCUUGUCAGAUGUCUGUUGGACCAAAGUGCGUGUUCAGUGUUCGGUCAAACCACACGCGGAUGCACACACAGACACAGACAGCUCAUAGUCAAAAAUUUUUAUUUACAACAAUUGAAAACAGAAUUGAAGAAAAACUUCACUGUUUGUUUUCUCAGCUGAAACGUAAUGAAGAUGAAGAAGAGUUGCAGUGAGUCAGUGAACACAGCAGACACACACUCACACCCACAUGAAGUCCAGAUUCUGGAUCGGGCCAUGGUUCUUCUGUCUCUCUGGAGGAGAAAUUGAUGUCUUAGUGACAUCAUCAGUUUGUGCUUCGGGAACAAACGAAGAUUGAUGAUUUCUUCCCUCAUGCUGCUGGUGGCAGAUGUGUGGUGCAUUCAUAGAC